UCUCAGAGGAGCAGCAGUGUGUGAGUAGGACUAUCAUGGGUCUCCUGAACGUCCUCUCCUCCAUCAGAGACCGAGCAGAGAAGUUCCUCAACGAGAAGAACGUGGUGACCGAUUUUCUGGGGAAGCUGGAGGAGAAGACGGGGAUAAAGAAGAAGAUCAUCGCAGUCGGUGCCGUCUCACUGACUGGACUCUACCUGGUGUAUGGAUAUGGUGCCUCCCUCCUCUGCAACCUGAUUGGUUUUGUGUAUCCGGCUUAUUAUUCAAUCAAAGCCAUCGAAAGCCCGUGCAAAGAGGACGACACAAAAUGGCUGACCUACUGGGUGGUGUACGGUGUGUUCAGCCUGGGCGAGUUCUUCUCCGAUAUCUUCCUCUACUGGUUUCCAUUUUAUUACGCCUUUAAGUGUCUCUUCCUGUUGUGGUGCAUGGCCCCGAUGUCGUGGAACGGCUCGCAGGUCAUCUACGACAAAGUGGUCCGCCCCAUCUUCCUGCGCCACGAGGCCACGGUGGACAACAUGGUGAACGACCUGAGCGGGAAAGCCAUGAGUGCCGCUGAGAACCUGACCAGAGAAGUUCUGUGCACACUGGUGAAGAAUAAAUCUCUGGUGACUCCGGCGCCGCCCGUCACUCAGUCCGACACUAAAAGUUUACCGAGCUCGUCGACACAAACAUCAGCGGCUAAAAAAGCUCCAACACAAUCAAGCGAGGAUCAACAGCCUUUCCUGGGUUAAACAGAGCAGGUCCUUCAGGUAGCAGAGGAGGAGGAGGAGGAAGAGGAGGAAGAGGAGGGGGAGACUCUUGGAAUCAUCAUCCCUCCUGAUGGAUCCCAACCAGGAAAAACCUCCUGUCAAAUACUUUUUUAAAUUUCAUAUCAGAACACGUCCAUAGUUCAGAUUUAUGGACGUGUUCUUUUAGGACUUUUUAGAUUAAACACUUCAGAAUCAGCUUCUCCUGUAGCUAAGUUCACAACGUCACUGGCUCAUGUUUGGCAGGCUGCAGAUUCUCCACCAGGGGGCGUUUCAUGCUCAUCACUUAGCAACACUGUGAAUAUGAUGAGGUUCUAUUGUAUGGCUGCUUUGUAUUUAUUUAUUCUCUUUAUUUGUCUGUGUGUUUAUUGUGAGUGUGCAUUUUAUUGUGCAUUAUUGUUUCAUCAUAUACUGUAAGUUACUGUUGUUUACAAACACAUUUUUUUCUGUUGUUUGUUAAUUGCAGUUAUGAGGUUAUUAUAAAUAAAAAAAUCACAGAGUGAGCUAACACGCUCAGAUUUAUGUGAUAUUACAUUUA